AUGUUCAAACACCAAGCUCAAACAUUUCCCGCCAAUUUUCAUCAAGAUGAUGAAAGCGCACUAGAUGAUAUUGAAACAACACUCUCAAUACAUAAUAAUCCAUCUUGUUUUAAUCAUCAUCAAUUAUUGUCUUCCGAUACCAUCACAAUCAUUGCAAGUUUCUUGCCAAUUUCCGAUUGGUUUUCAAUGAGUGCUGUGAAUGAGUGUUGGUUUCAAGCUAUGCAUCACGGAAUGAAUCAUGAAUGGAAGAGAAUUUAUUAUAAGGAAUGGAAAUUGGAUCGAAUCAUUGCUCAUCAUGACCAUUUGAAACUUUAUGAUGAAAAUGAUUUAAAGAUGGAAAAGGGAAAAUUUAAUCCUGGUAAAGGAGAAGAAGAAGAACAGCACGAUGAGGAAGAUAAUGAUCAUGAUGAUGAUUUGAGAGGUGAUGAGGAGGGAACAGUGGAUUGGAUGAGAGUGAUUCAAUACUAUUUAAACAAAUUACCAAUCAAGACAGAAACUGUGGAGAGAGGAGAAUGUUUAAACUUUUGUGAGGAGAGGAAUAAGAGAAUGGAAUGGGAAAGUCCAAUAAUACAGAAUGGAAAGGGAAUUGUGGAGGGAGAGAAUAGUUUUAGUAUCUUUCAAUUCUCGUUUCAUGUAUUGAAUAGAAUGAAAGAGUCGAUUGAGAAUUUCAAAAAUAUGGACGAAAGCUUGGAAGAUCUGCAGCUGGAACUAUUUAAACAAUAUAGAGUUUGUCUAUUUAUGGAAUAUUUGAGUUUGGGAUUUAGACCUAGUGUAGUUUCAGAUGUAGUUAAUAUUUGGGAAGGAAUUUAUGAUAAUGAACCCAUUCUAACAUUACCUCUAGUUUCCUUUCUCUUUAUACUACAUCAAGACAAUCCAAUAGAAAUCAUGGAAGAGUUCAUUCAGGAGGAAUAUGGUGAAAUCUCCAAUUGGAUCUACGUUUCACUUUCUCAAUGUCCACAAGAUCGAUUAGGAUUCUCUCUAAUUUUGAAAGAAUUGGAUCUCACUAACUUUUCCUAUGAUUGGAAUGGAAAGCUCCCUUGGUACCAUCAAACUGAUAUCAAUGAAAAGAAUUUCCCACUCUACCUUGGAGUUUCCCAACAUUUAGCUGAUUAUGAAACAAGCUACUACAUGGAUGAUUAUGACACCUCUCCAUGUCGAGUCUAUCAUUUGAGUAUUUCAUGUGAAUUAUUGGCAACUCAUCAUGUCAAAUUGUACAGAGAGGAAAAGAUAAUGAAUUAUUAA